UUAUACAAAUUCUGUCUUUCAGAGCCAACGCAUAAUCAGCCAAACCAGAUCAAGAGGAAGCAGAAUAUUUGAGAAGGCUCCCAGCAUCUCAUGAAUGAACUAACGGAACUCGAUAAUGCUGGUUCUCCAGAGCCAGGUCUACGGCUCAGAAAAGGACACAUGUCUGACUCUGCAACGACACAGACAGCCUUUGAAGAGGACAGCUCUGAGCAGAGGCUUCUUUUAGUGGAGCCACUUCUGUCUUCUAAUCAGGAAAAUAGUUCCGAGGGUAAUAACCACAAUGAUGAGUCACCUCAAGAAGAUGAAGGGUUUAUGGGUAUGUCACCUCUUCUACAAGCCCAUCAUGCCAUGGAGAGAAUGGAAGAAUUUGUGUGUAAGGUAUGGGAGGGCCGAUGGAGAGUCAUUCCCCAUGAUGUUCUGCCUGACUGGCUAAAGGACAACGACUACCUGUUGCAUGGGCACAGACCACCCAUGCCUUCCUUCCGGGCUUGUUUCAAGAGUAUCUUCAGAAUACACACAGAGACUGGUAACAUCUGGACACAUCUUCUAGGAUGUGUGUUCUUCCUGUGUCUGGGAAUCUUCUACAUGUUCCGGCCAAACAUGUCCUUUGUAGCACCUGUGCAGGAGAAAGUGGUUGUUGGAUUGUUCUUCUUGGGAGCUAUACUCUGCCUCUCCUUCUCAUGGCUCUUCCACACAGUUUAUUGCCACUCAGAAGGUGUUUCCCGGCUCUUCUCCAAGCUGGAUUAUUCUGGCAUUGCACUUCUCAUAAUGGGCAGCUUUGUACCGUGGCUGUACUAUUCAUUCUACUGCAACCCUCAGCCUUGCUUCAUCUACUUGAUUGUGAUUUGUGUCCUGGGCAUCGCAGCCAUAAUUGUCUCACAGUGGGACAUGUUUGCAACCCCUCAAUACCGGGGUGUGAGGGCAGGAGUAUUUCUAGGUCUGGGUCUUAGUGGGGUUAUUCCCACCCUGCACUUUGUCAUCUCUGAGGGGCUCCUGAAAGCAGCCACAAUGGGGCAGAUAGGCUGGCUGGCACUCAUGGCAUGCCUGUACAUCACUGGUGCUGCACUAUAUGCUGCCCGCAUCCCAGAGAGAUUCUUCCCUGGCAAGUGUGACAUCUGGUUCCACUCCCAUCAGCUGUUCCACGUCUUUGUAGUGGCUGGCGCUUUUGUGCAUUUCCAUGGGGUUUCCAACCUCCAGGAGUUCCGCUUCACAGUAGGAGGAGGCUGCACAGAAGAAGAGGGGAUGCAGUAAGACCAGGCUUCAGUCUGAGAUCAUAAGCAAAACAGUGCCACAGGGGUGGUGGCUGAAGCCUUCAGGCUAGUGAAAUGAAUACCUAAGAAGAAUCCAAGUUUCAGCUGAUGGAGCAUGGAGCUUCACGGGGAUUCUGACUAACCGAGAUAAAUUCUAUACCUCAAGCAAUGGAAUGAAUCAAUUUGAAGACCAGGAAAUUCUGAAACCCUAAUUUAUUCUUGGGAUCUACAGAUUGAGCUACAGAGGACCCUUUCCAAAUCGGCUUCUGUUCAAUGCCAUAUUUAUUUGUAGAAGUGGGGAGGGCUAGCUUAGCAGUUUCCUUUUUUUAAGAAAAAAUAAAAAAAAAAUCAAGGUUAAAUUUAUAUCCUCUUGGAGGGUUGGGAGUUGAUUUUAGAUGCUCUUUUGGGAGAAAAACAAAUUGUAAAUAAGAUUUCUAACUUUCUGUUUAAAUAAAAUUUAUAUAAAUGUUUUAAACAACGGGUGGGAGGGGGGGAAAGGGUUUUGUAAAGAAUGCAACAUGCAAGUACCACACACUGUUUCAAUUUUGCACAAAAAUAAAUGAUUGCAGAAGGACCAGGUAAAAUUCCCAGGAGUGAAUCAUGUUGGCUGUGCAGGUUUUCCUGAUGGCCAGCAUGCCCUGGGCAAUGCAGGGUCCUGGCCAGCGCUUGGGGCGGGUUCAGUACAUGUACACAAAGAGCUGGGAAGGCUGCAGUCAUCGAGCUGACAUCCAGGUUACAGUGUUAGCAAGUUCCACUCGCGUAGCUCGAAAGAUAAGUCUGCACCGUGCCCAAGUGCAUGGGACAACUGCCUUCCAAGCUUGCCUGGCCUGCGUGGCUUUGGAUCUCACAGUGAGCUGUUUGCGUUCUCAGCAUCUGAAUUGGAGCCAGGUGGGAUUACUGCACGUGAACUGGCGAAAGGUCUGACCCCAUCAGUGCCUGCUUAUACCCAAGGGCCCCCGUUGAGUUGCCAGUUGAGGGCCUGCGCUGUUUUGUCUGAGCAUGAGUGCAUGGUGGUCGUGCACUUGUCAAAAGGUAGUUGAGCAUGUGAGGGGAAACAGAGAUGGGGUGAAGAUAGACUGGAAAGAGGAAGUUGUGUGCUCCAGGGCUUGGAGGUAACGGUUACUGCAGACCUCCAGCAUGUUCCCUUCUCAUGUGUCAGGCUCCAUACGCCAAGGGGGGUUGCAGGUUUUUCUUUUUAGGAGAAAAAAAAUCCACUCUUGACCCAAUGCAGCUCCAUUUUUUAUUAUUUUUUUUUUUUCCUUAGGUCUGCUUCCCAUCUGUGCUUUAGCAAUGGGACUGCUGGUAUUUCUUAAACCUAAAACUAAGAGUUCAGCUGAAUUGCUAUGGAGCAGAGACAGCUCCUAUAUAAAGGGAGGUAUAUACACUUCUCUUGCUUAAUGGAUGUAGCUUGAUCUCUGGAGCCCAGGCAGAAGCCAGACUGGAGGAGAAUCUUUGGAGUUGCAAGAUGAAACCUGAACGUUUUGUUUGUUAUGGCACAAGCACUGCUUGGAGUGUUGAGUUGGAAAUUCAGAGCAAUUACCUCCAACAGAUGAGUUCAACGGCUCAUAAAAUGCUGUAGUUCACAAAGAAGGAAGGUAGAAGGUUGGUUUUGUGGUUUUCUUUUUGUUUUGUUUUGUUUUGUUUUUUUUUGGCUUCUGCAAGUUUUAAUUUUCAUCCUUCAAGGGAAAAAAAAUGUGGAUUGUAAAGAUGUUCCAGCAUGCUGGGUGUCACCAAGUGUGUUUUGGGAAAUUGCUUUGUCUGCUGGAGUCAGAUGGAAGCAGAGAGCCUUCCUAAAUUUGGCUGGGUAGUGAGGCUUCGCCACUGGGCUGGAGUCUUUGUAAAGCCCCCGAGAGCAGGGCCAGCUGCAGGAGGAGGUGCUGCAGCCCUCUGUGAGCCUGGCGGAACAUGUCCUCAGUAGGGUCGCUACGCUGGAUGCCAGUGGGCCCAAAGGAAGCUUAUCAUGGGGCUGUGUGGUACUGAAAUGAAACAAAGCAGUAUUAAGUGGGUGUAAGGGCUCGCAGCACCGGCACCCCGACAAAGAGGUGCCCAGCAGGAAGUAGGCUGGUGGCUGAGAAAAGAAUAGAACAUAUCAGCAUCAGACUUAUCUGAAGGGUGCUUUGGGAUGCCUCUGUACCAGUACCAGCAGGAGUGGCAGUCUCCAUCCUGCAUCAUCCCACGUUCGCUCCUUGAAGGGUGAUUGUAACCUGGUCCUACACAGCACAGAACUACUACAGAAACACAGUACUCACCUGCUAUUCUUACCCGGUCAGUCUCUCCCUUCAAGAAGUUUGUGUGUUCCAAUAAAAGCAACCUAGCUGUGCACUUUUCUGUAGCUCUUGCUGAGAACUCUUCCCAGGUUGGCACCUGAAUGCCUUACUCUCAGCAGUCAGAGGCUUGCUUGCUCUGUGUGCAGGUUAUUGCCAUAGAAUAGUUAGGACCUACAGCUUCUUUCCUUCCCCAUUAAAUAGUGGCCUUGUUCAGUAUAUUUCUUUUUACAAAUUGCUUACUGUUGAAAGCAAUGAAGCACAUUCUAGGGUUUUGAUGGUUGGGGACUCUGGUGAUGGUUCCAUAUGAGAUGGGAUCUUACUACUUGCUGUAUUCUUAACUUCUGCUAAUAAAAGAACCAAAUGGAA